CCGGAAUAAAUCCGAUCGGAAAUCGCCCGAGCAUCAUUUGGAGAUUAUUUUCUAACGUGUCGAAUAAUCAUUGAUUAUCGUCUGUCCACACGACGUUGGGAUACAACUUACAAGUCGGUUUUCGUUUUCUACUUUGCAUUGGCAAGUGCGAACAAGGGAUCGCCACUAUCUUCCCGGAAUGAAUUUUCUGUAACCAUUUUUAAAUCCUACCUAACUGCCAAUCAAAUUCCUUGAUAAUUUGAUAAAUAGUUCAGAUUUCAGACAAAAUUCACCGUGUUGGGACUGAUUUUCUAGUAGAAUUUUCAGAUUUCCAAGGCCUCAUGUGACCUGAAAAUUUACAGAAACCCUAAUAAUUCAAUCACAGCUUUCUUCCAUUCCCCAGUUGACCUUUCUCCUUUUUCAGUGAUUGUUCAACGCCACUUCAAGAACAGAAAAAGAUCAACUGUUCCGAUUUUUGGUCAGCUUCCUGCAUCUUUUGAUUCGUCCUUUGGUCUCUCUCUGCUCCUUCUAGCUCAGGCAUGGAUGAUGUGAAGGAUAAAGUCAAGGGUUUUAUGAAGAAGGUGAAUAAUCCCUUCUCAUCAUCGUCUUCUGGUAAAUUCAAAGGCGAAGGGAGAGUCUUGGGAUCUUCUUCCUCUGGUCCCUCUAACUCGAUUCUUGCUCGCCCAACCCAGAUCACAGACUCAAGACAAAACCCACCUGUAUCGAAUCCAAAGCCGAAGCCACAGAUACCACAGACCGAUUCUCGUACCGAUCAGAAGCUGAAGAACGGGCCUAUUCGGCAAAAUGUUCUCAAUUCAGAUCAAAGAGCGGCAAAUGGUUUUGAUCCUUUCGAGUCUUUAGUCACCUCGGGAAAACGUUCUCAGAAUGGGUAUACUUUUAAGGUUUUCGAGUGCCCAGUUUGCAAUAAAUCUUUCAGGUCCGAAGAGGAUGUGUCUUUACACAUCGAUAGCUGCGUCAGUGACAAGGUUUCCAACGCUGAUGUUGUUGAAGAAUCGUCAACGAAUGGGUCCAAUGCAGGGGCUUGGAAUGAAUUGGCGGAUCGUGUUGGGGCUUUUCUUUCUGGAGGGCCCUCAGAAGGGUCGGUGGAAGUUCUUCUUAAGCUUUUACGGAAUAUUAUCAAAGAACCGAAUAAUGCCAAGUUCCGAAGAAUUCGGAUGAGCAAUCCAAAGAUUAGGGAGGCUGUUGGUGCAGUGGCAGGAGGUAUUGAGUUGCUGGAGUAUGUUGGAUUUAGGCUCCAAGAAGAAGGUGGAGAAAUGUGGGCAGUUAUGCAAGAACCUUCGGAGGAUCAGAUAUCUUUAAUGAAAGAGUCCAUAUUGUUACUGGAGCAGCGGAAGACAGAAGACGUACCUGUAGUAGCAUCAACUGAGGUAGAAGGUCCAGUGGAGCCAAAGAAAAUCGACAGACAGAUUCGAGUCUUCUUUUCUGUUCCUGAAAGCAUAGCAAGGAAAAUUGAUCUGCCAGAGUCAUUCUACAACCUCUCUGCUGAAGAGCUGAGAAGAGAAGCUGAGAUGAAGAAGAAAAAGAUAGCAGAAUCUCAGCUGCUUAUUCCUAAGUCGUAUAAGGAGAAGCAGGUGAAAACUGCAAGGAGGCGAUUCAAAAAUGCUGUUAUCCGGAUCCAGUUUCCUGAUGAAGUAGUGCUCCAAGGUGUCUUUUCCCCAUGGGAGACAACUACAGCGCUUUAUGAGUUUGUCAGCUCAGCACUUAAAGAACCCAGUUUGGAAUUUGAACUAUUGCAUCCAGUACUUUCCAAACGGCGGGUGAUCCCACAGUUUCCUGUUGCUGGAGGUAAGGCUCCAACACUAGACGAAGAGGACUUGGUACCAACAGCUCUUGUAAAGUUCAGACCCAUAGAGACAGAUUCAGUUGUUUUCACUGGGCUCUGUAAUGAGCUCCUAGAGAUCAGUGAACCACUCAGCUGAUGGUAAGUUGCUUAAGCUGAGUGGUUAUUGAGUGAUAUAGUGAUUGGCAGUCUCAACUGUUGCGUUUCAAAGCCAUUGUUGUAAAUGCGACUUUUUUGUUACCAUUUCUACAUUGGUUGGGUUUCAUAGCCAUUAUUGUAAAUGCAAUUUCUGUGCGGUAACCGUUCAUUGGUUGGUGUUCCAAAAGCUAGACUUGGUGCAUUCCAAUGUGUAAUGUUUCAUACCUUCUCAACAACUCUGAAAUUUUCAGGAAUUUCAUUGUUUUGUUUUUGUUUU